UCCCGAGAAUAGCGCGGGCCUCUCUCUGGUUUAAACGAACUCUAACGUUGGCAUUAGCCUAAAACCCUUGCGGCCUUUCUGUCUGACUAAUUCCCAUUUCUAUUCAACGUUUUCUUUGUAAAGUAGGGGAAUUUCUGAGACCUUAAUCAUACCCUUUUAAUAUUUCUAUCCUAUUUGAUAUUGGGUUUAUGGUGUCUUCUUUUUUUCAAUUUGCUUUUGUUGGUUGAAGAGCAGAAUUUGAUCAGAUUUUGAGAGGAUGAAGUUUGAGGAGACUUUCAUGGAGUAUCUGCAUGGAGAUAAGGAGAGGCUUUUGGAUAAAUACUCCCAUGUUGAAUACAAGAGACUUAAGAAAGUUCUAAAGAGCUGUAGGACUUGUCAAGCAUUGCAUAAUUCUUGUCAAAGUGAACAAGAUCAAGGAGAUAAGGACAAUUCCACUUUGUCUCAAUUGUGUCAAUGUCAAUCUUGCCCAUUGUGCGAUCAAAUGUUCUUUACUGAACUGAUGAAAGAAGCUUCAGAUAUAGCUGGAUGCUUUAGUUCCAGAGUUAGACAUCUCCUCCAUCUUCAUGUUGCUAGAGGAAUGCAAAGAUAUGCACUGAGACUACGUCAGUGCUUUAAAAAUAAUCAGCAAGCCAUGGUAGAAGAAGGUUGGAUGUUGAUUGAAUAUAUUACAAUGAGUGCAACCGCUAUUGACAAAAUCCUAAAUAAAUACGAUAAAGUGCAUAGCUCUGUCAAUGGUAAGAAUUUCAAAUCUAAGAUGCGGGCCGAGCACCUAGAGCUUUUGCAUUCACCUUGGCUAAUAGAGUUGGGAGCCUUUUAUUUGAAUUUUAAUGGAUCAGAUAGUGGAGAAUUUAGUGAGUUUUGUGGUCAUUUUUUCUGUGAUCUCAAUGCUACAGAACCUGUCAUAAUGCUGAGGCUUCCAAACUCUGCAAAGCUAGAAUAUAGUCUAACUUGUGCCAUUUGCUUGGAGACGGUUUUUAAUCCAUAUGCCUUGAGCUGUGGGCAUCUUUUUUGCAAGUCUUGUGCUUGCUCAGCCGCUUCUGUAUUGAUAUUUCAAGGCCUUAAAGCUGCAACUCCAGAUGCAAAGUGUGCUGUCUGCAGAGAGUUGCUCAAGGCCAGACUUGAUCACCAGGAACCUAGUCCUCUACCCUCAGCAUCUGGCUGGAGUAUAUGCUAAUUCGGUGCACAUGUUGGAACUAGAUCUGCUAUUGAAAACAAGGUGCAAAGAGUAUUGGAAGGAGAGGAUGGUUGCCGAACGGGCUGAGAUGGUGAAACAAACCAAAGAAUAUUGGGAUUUGCAGGCAAGAUACUUGAAAUACUUUUGAAUGGAGAAAUAAUUUUUUUCCCCACUAGGAGACUCCGCACAGUUUGAACUUUGGAAUUAAAUCAUUGUUGAGUUGAGUUGAUUUACCGUAAGAGAAUAAGAAAAUUGAUAAUAUUCAAGCUUGUAUUACAGUAUGUGGUUACUUAUUUUUAUGAGUAUUUUUAUAAAAUUCAUUAAAUUUUAAUUUCUUUCAUAAAAUUUAUCAAACUUUACUUUAAUUUUAUAAAAGUUACUGUAAUAUGAAAUUAAAGAUUUUUAGAUCAA